UGUGCAUUGCUCUCAAUGAUAGCAUUAGUGUAGUGAAAUUCAAAAACAUUCCAAAUAUUUCUGAAAUUUUUGAUUGUUUCUGGUAAAAUGAGUGCGAAAAAUUCCGCACUUGCGUCGUUAACAGCAACAUACACCGAUUCGGAAAACGAAGACGAUCAGAAAUCGGACAACGAGUCGGUAGCAUCCGAUGGAAGUUCAUCAACUAUUACCCGUGUCCGAUCACGUCAGCAAACACCGAUUCGUGAUCCAUCAGAACCGUCUGUCACGCCUCCCAGUGUAAACGCAAGUGCAUCAAAAAGUGCUACAACAUCUAACGAGUCGUCAACAAACCGUCAGAAAGCGCUCCGACUGGUUAGCUACUUUGACGACACCGUCGUAUCAGACGAAGAAAAUGCGUCUCCGAAUCGGGUCGCAGGAGAAGCUAUGGAGGUUUCGGAAGACGAAGGAACCGCUGUUGAAUCUUCCUCACCGAAGAAAAUCGAUCGGGCAAAAAUGUACGGAUUUUCGCUUCCUCCGGAGCCGAAAGGAAAAUGUUCCCUAGAAUUGCAGGAAAAAAUUUCCACUCUAUACGAAAAGAUGCGCAAUUCCAAUAUGGACACAAACAAAAUUAUACAGGAGCGAAAAGAGUUUCGUAAUCCUAGCAUAUACGAAAAACUAAUUCAGUUCUGUGAUAUUAACGAACUGGGUACGAACUACUCACCCGAUAUUUUUGACCCCUCCCAGUGGGGAAAAGAAUCAUAUUACGAAGAAUUGGCUAAGGCUCAAAAAACUGAGAUGGAGAAAGUAGAGAAGGCACGCAAGGAAAAUGCGAAGACAGAAAUUCAAGUUGGUGUCAAGAAGAUGGACACGGACGAAUCGAAGAAACGCAAAUCGAAGUGGGAUCAGCCCGGCGUUUUGGGAGCUGCUCCAGGAACAGUUUCGGCAGCAGGUGCACUGAAAGCGGCCGGCAUUAUCACGCAAACACUGACGACAACGGCCACCGGUACCAAAGGCACCGUGAUAUCGGCAUUCGGAUCUCUACCUAAGAAACCGAAAGUGUAACAAGUUUUUUGUUUUCAACUUUUUUAAUAUAGUUUUUUUAAAGCUCUAGUAGGUAUAGGUUUGUUCUGUGGAUACGAUAAACGCUGGUAUCACAAUUUCAUGCAUUGUAUGUCAUCCUGAAUAAACUAUUUGUUGUAUUCUUAGUAUAUUUUCCAUUUCA